AAGUGGAUGGCAGCCGGUGUGUGUUGAUGCAAGUGCGGUGACUGUACGUGCUGACUGGCGGAGUCAGUCAGUCAGUCAGUCAGUCGGCUCGGCACCGGCCGCGACGCACGAUCGGCGUCCAUUUUUCUUGCCUCUCCUCGGUGGACGCAUCGCGCGUAUAUCGCGUAUAUACACGCGCGCAUACAUAGAGAGAGAGAGGGAGAGGGAGAGAGAGAGAGAGAGAACGCACGAUCGCACGCAACUUUGCCUCUGUUUCUCCGCUCGCGCGCGCGAGCCCGACCUCUCGUUCGGCCCAGUUUUUCCGCCUCGAGUUUUCCUUCCUGUCGCGAGAGCCUGCCUCGAAAGCAGUCAGGGGGCCUGUGUGUCAGUGUGCCUCGUCGGAUUACCGCCGAAAUUUCUGCCGAGAUUCAGAAGCCAGCCAGCCGAAUCGACCAGGGUGAUGAUGUAACGGGACUUUCGCUGUCGCUGCAGUGAAGCAACGAUGUCCACGGCACAAUGCAACCGCUUCGUGCAGAACGCUUGGAAGAAGGAACUCUGUUCGAACUGCUUCAAGCCGCGGGAGGAGCACGCCUCGCCGGAAGAGACGUUCAGGGUGAACAUAGGCAGGGCUCUGAACCAUGUCAAGACUGAUAAUUUUAAGUUACAGAGUAUCCUGCGGGGGAAGGGGAUCUCCCAGAAGAGUCAAAGGAAGAAGAACGUAACGUUCACGGAGGAUUUGACGGAGAUAAUCGGUUACGGCGGCGAUGACUUCUUCUCGGAGGACGAGGAGGAGGAGGACGAGCAGGACACGGCCGAGUCCCUGAACGGGGACGACGAGGUACCGCCGGACAGCGAGGAGGAAAGGGCUUUGGGCAACCUGACGCGCGCCAAUACCAACUUCAACACCGUCACCGCCAAUCUGACGGAGAUCGUGUCGAGCGCGAACGAGUCGAGCAAAUCGUCGAGCAAAUCGUUCGCGUCUCUGAUGCUUGGGAGGAUACAGAAGGACUCGGAGGGGAAGAAGACCACGUUGCUGGUCUCGGUGACGCCUUUCGGCGGCGACGAGUCGUUGCCGACGGCGAGGAGGCCCGGCGACAAGAGGGUGAACGGAUUCGUCAACGGGUUCACGAAUUUUUCCAAGUGUAAAUCCACGACGGCGGACAACGAGAAGGCGGAGAUGCAAAAGAACGCGAAGAAAGCGGAGACGGAGUCGAAGAAGGAGGCGAGCAAGGAUCGAAAAUAUCCGUCGAGCAUGGAGAAGAUCGUGGACAUGCCGCUGAUCACGUCCACCAAUUCGAUCUCGGUCGUUCAACGGAACGAGUCGACCAACGAAUCCGAGGAAGCGAGGGACAGGGGCUCGGAAUCGAGCGUCGAAGGGACGAGUUCGGAGAGAAAGAACAUUUGCCGCGGCCAGGCGGCGAAGAAGAGCGAGAGGGCGAGGAGCGGCGCGGAACAAAAGAUCGGUGGCGCGAGGAUCGAAUACGAUUUCACGAAGACGAAGAGAGGCGCGAGCGAGCCGACAUCGAGGAUGGACGACGGAACGUCGGACAGCAAGGGGAUCGAGUUGACUCUGACGCCUCUGGCGAAGAACGAGGCCGAAGACGCGGCUGAGAGCGACAGAUCCAUGGUGGUCGGGGGAGGGAAGGAGGCGAGUAAAACUACCGCGCCGUUGACGAACGAGGGUGGAAAGGCGGGCAAGGAGGAGCGCGCGAACCCCGACGCGAGGGGGUGCAAGGUGGAGGUGGAGAAGAGGAAGAAGAGGUUCGGUUUCGGAGCGGAGAGCCGAGAGUCGGCGGGUGAGCCGGAUGGGAGGGAGGACGAGAAGGGCGCGGUUGAACCGCCCGCGCUUCCCAAGAGCCCGCCGCCCCCUGUCGAGACCAGGCCCCCCCCAGCCCUUCCUCAAGGCGAAACGUUCAACAAGCAACCGAUCGUCACGGAGCCGAGGCCAUCCUUCCUGCACGGGGCGAUCAAUUCCGAGGCGAAGGUGAAGCCUUUAGUGCCCCAGAAGCCGACCAAUUUCUCGGCAAAGAGCAACUCCGUGGACGGGAAGAACAAUUGCGCCCCGCCUCCUUCCCCUCCGGUUCAACAAGCCUCUGGGACGACAAGGUCCGGCCAGAAUGCGGGUGCGAACGGUGUCCCGGCCCACGCGGAACAGCCAACAACCGCCUGCCGAUUAACGGGAACCAAAGACAAGUCCGAGGAGGAAAUUUCGAGCGCGGACCAAAAUCGGGGAAAUUCUCCGUUGGAGAAGGCGGAAAAGCUAGGGGAAGAAAUCUCCUAUCCGACGAGCGAGAUCCACUCUCGAUCCCGGAACAACAAGGUUUCCUCGUCGUCGUGUCGUGGCCAAGGUGUCGUCGAUGCCAAGGCUACGAUCGUGGAGACGGCGCCUUCGAAAAUUUCGGCCGGGAACAAGUCGAUGACUGCGCAGAGUUCAGGCAGAAAUCAGGACUGUUGCGGGGAUCCGAGGCAGGAGGGCGGCGAGGUCGAGGAGGAAGCAACGGAAGGCCAAUCCUCGGCGGUGGUCGAGCUGAUACGAUCGUCCAACAACAAGAGAAGAAUGGCGCCGAAACCGCCGCCGGCCGAUUUCGUCGACGAGUUGUUGCUACCCCCCUCCAGCUCGAGCCUGUUCGCAAGGAAUCCGGGCGCCAAUUUCAAAUCGGACUCGCCGGUGGUCAGGGAGAAGGAGAAGCGGGAGAGGGCCUCCUCGUGCAGCCCGAAAUUUCGAAAGGCGGUGUCCGAGCUGCCCGAUCCGACCGUGGCCACGGGCCAAACGGUCGCCAUCGUCAGCGACCCGACGUCGAGGAGGAGCAUCUCUCUGUCUCAGGACAACCUGACGAGCGGGCAAUCAGAGGUGAGGGAGGAGAAGAAGAGGGGCAGGCCCCGUUUCUCGUUGAAACGAUUUUUGAGAAUGGGCUCGAGGAAGGACGUGGACAUGGUCGGGGGUGGGUCGAGUUCGAGGAUCGACGAGAUACCCUCGACCCCGCAACCGAAACCCCGACUGGAGAUCAUACACCCCCUCGAGUUGGAUGGCGCUGCCGUCGAGGUGGUAGGCAACGAUCGGAUCGCCAGGGUAACCGAGGAUCAACCGGAUUCCUGUGGUCCCAGGAACGAUGCGGGAAGAGCGACUCGAUCCCCCUUGUCCAACGGAUCGCACGCCGUGAGGCCGGGGAAACCACCACCACCGCCGAGGAACCAGUCCCUGGAGGAUUGGUCAAGACUGGAUCCAACGAGCAAACCGGUCAGACCACCACCGCCACGCGUCGAGACCAAACAACUACCGUCGAGGAGCGACAAGUCAUCCUCGAAAUCGCCGUCCUCCUCCCCCCCCUCCUCCUCGUCAGCAUCCUCCUCGUCGUCAUCGUCGUCGGCGGCGUCGUCGUCCUCCUCGUCGUCUUCGUCGUCGUCGUCGUCGUCGUCGCCCUGGCAGCCGGCAGCCUCGACCACCUCAGACUCGAUUUACGCGAAUCUGGCAGCGGAGGAUGUUACAGGUGAGGUGCGCAGCUCGUUGGCACCCUCGAAACCGCAAAGAACAGCCAGCAUGAGGGACCAAGCCACCUCGCAGCCGAUCCUCAAGAAACACGGAUCCUCGACCCCGGCCCUUAAUCAGGAUUACGAGCCCGCUACUGCGCCACCCACGUCCGAUUCACUGACGUCUAACGACAGUCAUGUUUACGAGUGCCUUUCCAGCUCGCCGGAAUGCGACUCGAAUCUCGAGCUCAGACACGGUGGCGGAUCUCAUCUCACCUGCAAGAGGAAAUCCGACAGCAACGCGAUGGAACACGGUGCAGAAUUCAAAUUUCAUCAUCAGACGUUCGUCAGAUCGACCUCGCUCCCAUAUUGCGGCAGCGAGACGGAGAGCGAGCUCUACGCUCCGUAUGGUUUUUACACCGGCGAUGAGGGUCCCGAGGAGGAUCAGGACUGGAAGAAUAAGGACGACGAAUUAAGGAUAAGCCGAUUGAGGCAACGCAGAGGUCGCAGUAUAGUUCAUCGAAGCCUCGAGGAUAAUUACGGUGCCGUCGUGGUCGCGAAUCACGAAGCUCUCGCGCAAUUCCUUGACCAGCUGAACCAAACGCCCCAAGUGCCGGCAGGUUUGCGAGCGUUGAAAAAUACGAACCCACGUGUAAGCCACUUCGGCAUCGACGCCAAUACGUCGAUCACAGUCGGCAGGAGAAUAUUUUGCUCGGCGACGUGGAACGAGCUGAACGUCACACUGUGCAUCGCCUUCGAUCUGGCCACGCACGUCUCGCGGAAGGAAUUUUAUUUGGCACCUAUAAUCGAGUUUAUAGACAGCCCACCCAAGGAAAUUAUCGACAACGGGUGUUUACCUACGAACAAGCAACUCGAAGCGACCAUUUCAGUCCUGCCACGGCUCCAAGUGAGCACGAUACAAUUAUUCGGCGCCACGAGCAGGGAUCCGCACGAGGAAGGAGCAAUGAGGGAAGCGUCGUUCGUUCUUCUUCAAUUCGUCACCGCGUUGAAGAGCCUCCAGGCGCGAGGAAUCGAAGAAUCGGCGAGGAGCUUGAACAAUGUGGUCCUCUGCAGGGAAGACAAGGACGCCUAUUACAGGCUCUAUCUUCUUCAAGGAUUGAACGUGGAGACGAACGAGGACAGGGAGGAGGAGAGGGUUUCGUUGUGCCAAUGCGCCCUCGUCGCUCUUCAACAGCUCAACUUGGCUAGCAAGCUGCCCGUGAUACAGGAGUUGCUGAUGAGGGAGAAAGCGGUUACCCUGUCUCAGGUGAAAUCCGUCCUGGAAUUUUCUCUGUGGGGCCCCGCGGACGUGACAUUCGGCGGGCCGCGAGAGAGGGAGGUCACCCUCCAAAGGUGGCUGGAUCUGGAAAGGGCGAACGUGCUUCACGCGUUGGUGAGGACAAGGGCACCUCUCACAGUCACGGACGAAUACCAAUUGCUGUUCUUGGUUCGAACCAGUGCAAAGAUCAUGGGCGAAGCUUCGCUGUUACUGGACGAGCAACGAUCCCGAUUGCUUCGCUGCGCUCGUUAAUCGACCGCUGCAUUUCAUCUCUUCUGAAACUAUCGUGCGAAAAGUCGAAUCGAGCGUUUCGCACAUUCGUAUACCGAUCGAGCAGCAUCGAUACCGAUUUCACGAAAAGAAAGAAAGGAGCAGCUUUGUUAUAGAACGAUUGUACAGAUCUAUUUUUUGAAAUUUACCGUCGGACAAGGCGAUCGACAACAACGUUAUCUCGAGGCGAGUAUUCGAGACGGCGACAAUGCUCAAUCGAGGCGAGAUCGCGUGGGAUGCCGUGUCUCCAAGUUCGCCUAAGAAUAAUAAUUAUUUCAUCAUCAUCCCGCCGAUCCAGUGUAAUCUUAUUAAUUAUUUGUAUAAAAUAAAGUAUCUUGGCUGGACAAUAAAAA